AUGCAACUCCUUCUGAAGCCCCUUCACCGGACAGCUAUUUUUCUGCCUCUUUGUCUGCUCCUUCUGAAGGCUCUGCGGCUGGGGCACAGCUACCUUUACAACAACCGCUAUGCUGGGGAUAAGGUAAUAAGGCUCAUUCCAGAGACGAAAAGGGAGGCACAUGUGCUGAAGGAUAUAUACCAUCAAUUUAAGGUGGACCUGUGGCAGCCGAGCAGCAUCAGCUCCGUCUCAGAGGGAAUGGUUACCGAUGUUCACGUUUCCCGGAACAGCUCCCAAAACCUGCUAAUGUCCUUGCAGCAAGCAAACAUCCAAUAUGAGAUCCUCAUAUCUGACCUACAGGAAGCUUUAGAGAAAGAAAGCAGUUGGAGGACCAAUCGGAAUCGAAGAUCUCUUGGCGACUACAGUUAUGAAGUGUACCACUCGUUAGAAGAAAUUCAAAAUUGGAUGCAUCAUUUGAAUAAAACGCACUCGGGUCUCAUUCACAUGUUGUCCAUUGGAAAAUCUUACGAGGGAAGAUCUCUCUUUAUACUGAAGCUAGGCAAGAGAUCCCGGCAUCACAAAAGAGCCGUCUGGAUAGACUGUGGUAUCCAUGCAAGAGAGUGGAUUGGUCCUGCCUUUUGUCAGUGGUUCGUGAAAGAGGCUCUUCAGACAUAUCGGAGUGAUCCUGCCAUGAGAAGAAUGCUAAACCACUUAUAUUUCUACAUCAUGCCCGUAUUUAAUGUUGACGGUUACCAUUUUAGCUGGACAAGUGACCGAUUCUGGAGGAAAACGAGGUCAAGAAACUCCAGGUUCCGUUGCCACGGUGUGGACGCCAAUCGCAACUGGAAGGUGAAAUGGUGUGAUGAAGGGGCUUCUUUGUAUCCCUGCGAUGAUACCUACUGUGGACCCUUCCCCGAGUCAGAGCCCGAGGUGAAGGCUGUGGCCCAUUUCCUCCGCAAACGCAGGAAGUACAUCAGCGCUUACCUCUCCUUCCAUGCGUACGCCCAGAUGCUGCUCUACCCCUACUCCUACAAAUAUGCCACAAUUCCCAAUUUCAGCUGUGUGGAAUCUGCAGCUUACAAUGCCGUCAGUGCCCUUCAGUCAGCUUACGGGGUGAGGUAUAGGUUCGGCCCUGCCUCCAGCACGCUGUAUGUUAGCUCCGGCAGUUCGAUGGAUUGGGCAUACAAAACCGGAAUUCCCUAUGCGUUUGCCUUUGAGCUCCGUGACACUGGGCACUUUGGUUUCUUGCUGCCGGAAUCUCUAAUCAAACCAACGUGCACUGAGACAAUGCUGGCUGUUAAAAAUAUCACACUGCAUCUGCUCAAGAAGUGUCACUGAGAGGAUGCCAUUGGGCCUGGACGUCAGCAUAUCAGGUGGCAAAAUCUUGCCUGGCCAAAAUCCCUGCCGAGCUGACUGUGAGCUAGGAUUUCCCUUUGAUUUUUUUCCCAUCUACUAUUAGGAAGGGGCAAAGCUGAUAUUGCUUAGGGUGAAUUUGGAUGAAUUUGCUUAGGGUCAAUUUGGAUGAAGCUGACUUCAUAGAGGGCUCCCUCUGGGCCCUCAGCUUUUCAGGACUCAGGGGAGCAAAUCGAAAAUUGGGAUGGGUAAAUUUCUAGAGAAAGUAUUAUUGUCUUGAUCUACCCAAGGCCAGGGUAAUGACAGAGAAACUUUUUUAUAUACCUCUAUAUAGUCCAAAGACA